AUGACUGGAUCCACAUGUUACAUCAGUUUCUUGACAAAGUCAGGUACUGCAGUGUACUGGUGUGAGUCUGGAUCAGGAGAGUUCAGCAGUGCAGUCAACAUCACUGUACAGGAUGAUGCUGAUGCUCCUAUCCUGGUGAGUCCUGUUCAUCCUGUGACUGAAGGAGCUUCUGUUAGUCUGAGCUGCAGUUCGAGGACACAAAAAAUACUUUCCAAUGUGUUUUUCUACCACAAUGACAAACUUAUUCAAAGUGAUACCCGAGAGGAGCUGAAGAUCUCUGCAGUGUCAAAGUCUGAUGAAGGUUUCUACAAGUGUGAAUACUCAGGAAGAGAGUCACCACAGAGCUGGAUGUUAGUUAAAGAUAAACCAAAGGCUGAACUGAGAGCUGAUAACACAGCUGUUCCAGUAGGGGGCAGUGUGACCCUGACCUGCUCAGUGAGCCUAUCAUCAUCAUCAUCCUCAUCAUCAUCAUCAUCAUCAUCAUCAUCAUCAUCAUCAUCAUCAUCAUCAUCAUCUGGAUGGAAAUACUACUGGUACAGAGAUGAGAAACACUCUGAACCUCUGACCACACAAGAUGCAGUUUUCCUCUCAAAUGGACAAAUCAGAGUCUCACAGGAAGGACUCUACAGGUGCAGAGGAGGAAGAGGAGACCCAGUUUACUACACAGAGGACAGUCAGUCAGUCAGGAUUGGGAAAACUGGUGAGUUUGGAUUCAACACACAGUGUUGA